UGUCACCGUUGAAAUAUCAAACACUUUUUUACACAGAUACAGAGCAUCCCAUUCCAGCACAAUAACAAUAAGCGAAAACAAACUGAAAAAUCCCCCAAUCUCAGAUCCAAAACAACACACAAUCGUCGACGACAAGCUUCUUAAUUCAUCUUUUUUCAGUUCUGUUACGAGGCGUUCAAUUAAAAGAAAUGAUAAUACAGUGGAUGAAUCGGUUACGACUCGCUUUCGGCUCCUCAUUUCUCUGGCUUAUCUGUUUAAUUUACUUUAACCAGGGUUUUCGAUCAUUUGUGUGGACAGCAGUAUCUUAUCAGCUAAAAGACAGACUUAAGCUCUCACCCUCAGCAUCACAAUUUGUCACAUCAAUAGCAUUUUUUCCUUGGAGCAUAAAACCAUUAUACGGAAUCGUGUCCGAUUGUAUACCAAUUGGGGGUAGAAGAAGAAUUCCAUACCUAGUAUUUGCUACUUUGCUUUCUCUAGUACCAUGGCUCAUAUUGGGCGUAAAUGCAGCCUUGAGAGAUUCCAGAGUGCAUCUCAUGAUUUUCUUGACAGUGCAAAACUUAGGUUCUGCAAUGGCAGAUGUUGUAAUUGAUGCGAUGAUAGCUGAGGCUGUUAGACAUGAACGGGCCUCAUUUGCUGGCGAUCUCCAGUCAAUUUCUUGGAUGGCCAUGGCUUUGGGAGGAAUUAGCGGGAGUUUAUUAGGAGGAUAUGCUUUAAAUAAUAUCCAGAUUGAUGUAAUUUUCUUUCUUUUUUCUGUGCUUCCAGCUAUUCAGCUGUUGUCAUGUAGUUUUGUCAGGGAGAAGUCAGUAAGUAGUGAAAUUUUGCCUGGUUCUUCUGAUACAUUAGAAUCCCACACUAUGAAUGGAAAUUCAGUGGAUGAAGAAGAUUUCUCUGUUGGAAAGGCCAAAAGUAAGGUUUCACGGAGAAAGAAGAACCAAAAGAAAAGAAAAAAGAGAGUAGCUGUUACUAAUAAAUUUCAGAACCGCGAGAAAGAUGGCUCAUUGGCAUCACAAUGGUUCUUGUCUCUGAAAGUGGCCACUUUUGCUUUGUUCCAAGCUUUUCGUCAGCCAAUCAUUUUGAGGCCAAUGGCUUGGUUUUUCCUAGCUCAUGUUACUGUGCCAAACCUCUCAACUAUAAUGUUCUUCUACCAGACGGAGUUCUUAAAGUUGGAACCUUCCUUUUUGGGCACGACCCGUGUUGUUGGAUGGUUGAGCCUCAUGUUUGGAACUUACAUAUACAAUCGCCACUUGCAGAAAAUGAAACUACGAAGAAUUCUUAUGUGGGCUCAUCUUGGUCUUGCUUUCUUGACACUGCUAGAUUUAGCAUUAGUGUCUCGAUUAAAUGUUGGAUUUAACAUACCUGACAAGAUUAUGGUUCUCUGUGGGUCUGCUCUUGCAGAUGCAAUUAAUCAGUUCAAGUUCAUGCCGUUUUUGAUUUUAUCGGGCCAGCUGUGCCCUCCAGGAAUAGAAGGGACUCUAUUCGCCCUCUUCAUGUCAAUAAACAAUUUUGGGUCAAUGGUUGGAUCAAUUUUAGGUGCUGGACUGGCUUCGAUUCUAAGCAUCUCUUCAGCUUCAUUUGACAACCUCCCUCUGGGUAUUUUCAUUCAAAUCAUCUGCACCUUCAUCCCAGUUGCUUUCCUGUUUCUGAUACCAAAGGAGGCAACAGGAAUUUCAGCUUAGUAUAGAUGUCAAGAUAAAUUCUUUGAAACAGAACAAGAGUUGCAGCAUAUACGAAAAGAUUACAUGUAGGAUACAUUAGAAAUUACAGUAGGUCAGCAUAUGGUUCUUCAACCACAAUCUGACAAAUUUUGCUACAUUUGAGGAAAUGCAGAGUAGAACCAUCUACCUGUAAUAUGCCCUAAAAGAUUGACUGAACUUGUCACUUUUUGUAACCAUAGCAUUUUAUUUUUUGUUAACUGCGGUUUGAUGGAACUCCGAUUCAAGUCAAACCCCAUAGAGCAUGUAUGAUGUAACAUGUUGUACAACGGACUCAGAUUAACACUCGGGUAUCAGUGCAUUAUAAUUUGGAUGUGAGUUUAUUACAA